AUGCGUUCUUAGCAACUGCCUCAGAAUGGCAAAGAUUAUUGGUGCUAAGAAAUCAUUGUGGCAACAAGUCUGUGAAGAAUAUGAGUCGGAGCAGCCCAGUCCACCCAGCGCUGCUUGGACAGACAGUGGUUCAGUGAGCACUCACGUCUCCCAGUACAGCGCCAGCAAGCACUCUCCUGUCUUCUAUGGUCUCAUGGCAGCUAAGGUUGCUGUGGAUGAUGACCCUGUGAAGCAUGUUGACCCUCUUCUGAGCCACCCUGCCCUUGCUGGAUACUCUGCCUUGGACAAACCUCCAUCCUCCUGUCACAGACAGCCUCUGACCACACACCCUGCAUCCACUGCCCAGCUCCAUCAACGCCCAAUCACCCAGUUCCUGGAGGGGUCUGUGUUCCCAGUGCUACUGCCUGGACUGGAGGCCAUGCUGAGAGAGGCCCAGAGACAACACUGCCUGGAGAGGAAAAGAACAGCAUUCAACGCUUGUGACUUCCUAACUGAGUGGCUGUACAAUCGGAACCCCCGCCGGCAGGGACAGGCCCCUGUGGACUUCCAUGAGAUCCCAUUUGUCAAGGACUGGCUCAGAAUACAUCCCAGGCCUCCCAUCCCUCUCUCCCUACUGCUGUCAGACCAGCAGGCUGCUGUUCUCAUCCAGUCCUUCUGGCGGGGCUAUACCGUGCGGGCCCGUGCAGAUGUGCAGGAGCUGCGCCAGUGGCAGAGGGAGCUUAGAGAGGAUAACCGUGACAUCACCAAAACGGUCCAAGAAUUCUGGGCUCACCAGGAGAGCCGGGUGAGCUCGGCCCUCAAUGACCUCAGGGGGGACUCCACCACCCCUCAGACCCCUCAGCCCGGCAGUGGGUACUCCAACUCAGACGUGUCCAUCCAGGUGGUCUCCCCCACCCCCCAGAGCACCAUGGUCCACACCCCCACCUCCCAGAUGAGUCCUGAGAGCACCGAGUCGCUGCCUCCCAGCCUGCAGGGAGUAGAGGAGCUGACCAGGCAGGAGAGGACACUAACUGACUCACUGACCCUGCCCGAGGCUGCUGCUGCUGCCGUCGCUGCUUUAGCCACCGCUAUGGAUACCUUUUCCCCAUCCUUAGGGAAACACUGAAAGGCCAUAGAGGCUGAGGCAAUCUGUGUCCCAAAUGGCACCCUAUUCCCUAUACCAGAGCUGCCAAAUCCUGGUCCUGGAGGGCUGAAAUACAGUGGCUUGCGAAAGUAUUCACCCCCCCUUGGCAUUUUUCUUAUUUUGUUGCCUUACAACCUGGAAUUAAAAUAGAUUUUUUGGGGGGUUUGUAUCAUUUGAUUUACACAACAUGCCUACCACUUUGAAGAUGCAAAAUAUUUUUUAUUCUGAAACAAACUUGAGCGUGCAUAACUAUUCACCGCCCCAAAGUCAAUACUUUGUAGAUCUUUCUUGGUGUAUGUCUCUAUAAGCUUGGUACAUCUAGCCACUGGGAUUUUUUCCCAUUCUUCAAGGCAAAACUGCUCCAGCUCCUUCAAGUUGGAUGGGUUCCGCUGGUGUACAGCAAUCUUUAAGUCAUAUCACAGAUUCUGAAUUAGAUUGAGGUCUGGGCUUUGACCAGGCCAUUCCAAGACAUUUAAAUGUUUCCCCUUAAACCACUCGAGUGUUGCUUUAGCAGUAUGCUUAGGGUCAUUGUCCUGUGGAAGAUGAACCUCUGUCCCAGUCUUAAAUCUCUGGAAGACUGAAACAGAUUACCCUCAAGAAAUACUUUCUAUUUAGCCCUAUCCAUCAUUCCUUCAAUUCUGACCAGUUUCCCAGUCCCUGCCGAUGACAAACAUCCCCACAGCAUGAUGCUGCCACCACCGUGCUUCACUGUGGGGAUGGUGUUCUCGGUGUGAUGAGAGGUGUUGGGUUUACACCAGACAUAGCGUUUUCCUUGAUGGCCAAAAAGCUCAAUUUUAGUCUCACCUGACCAGAGUACCUUCUUCCAUAUGUUUGGAGAGUCUCCCACAUGCCUUUUGGCGAACACCAAACGUGUUUGCUUAUUUUUUUCUUUAAGCAAUGGCUUUUUUCUGGACACUCUUCCAUAAAGCCCAGCUCUGUGGAGGCUUAAAGUCGUCCUAUGGACAGAUACGCCAAUCUCCGCUGUGGAGCUUUGCAGCUCCUUCAGGGUUAUCUUUGGUCUCUUUGUUGCCUCUCUGAUUAAUGCCUUACCUGGUCCGUGAGUUUUGGUGGGCGGCCCUCUCUUGGCAGGUUUACUGUGGUGCCAUAUUCUUUCAUUUUUUAUAAUGGAUGUAAUGAUGCUCCAACCCUGAUCUGUACAUUUCCACAACUUUGUUCCUGGCCUGUUUUGGAGAGCUCCUUGGUCUUCAUGGUGUCUCUUGCUUGGUGGUUCCCCUUGCUUAGUGGUGUUGCAGACUCUGGGGCCUUUCAGAACAGAACAUAUACUGAGAUCAUGUGACAGAUCAUGUGACACUUAGAUUGCACACAGGUGGACUUUAUUUAACUAAUUAUGUGACUUCUGAAGGUAAUUGGUUGCACCAGAUCAUAUUUAGGAGCUUCAAGGGGGUGAAUACAUAUGCACACACCACUUUUCCGUUUUUUUUAUUUAUCUUUUGAAACAAGUAAUUUUUUUAAUUUCACUUCACCAAUUUGGACUAUUUUCUGUAUGUCCAUUACAUGAAAUACAAAUAAAAAUCAAUUCAAAUUACAGGUUGUAAUGCAACAAAAUAGGAAAAAUGCCAAGGGGGAUGAAUACUUUUUAAGGCACUGUACUUCUGGUUUUCAGGACUAUUUCAGACCUGGGACACCAGGUGUGUGCAACAAACUACCAGGUAGAAACUAAAACCAGAAAUGUUUCGUGUUCCAGGAUUGGGCCUGCCCUAUAUAGUGCACUACUUGACCAACUACCUGUCCCUCCAUAUUGUUUGUGUGGCUAGGGAUCUUGCCGACUACGCCAACUGGUCAAAAGUAAUACAUCUUACAGGGUGCUACGGCAGAGCAUGACAUGUACAUCAUCAAUGUUAUAUCAACAUCACAACCUCAGAGAAUACACUUUUACACACUAUUACUGACACACUACUGAUGAAGAGCAUAGGUUACACACUAAUAUUAGAAACCACAUCGAUACGUACUGUAAAGAUGACUAGACACUCUGGUAGUCACUAGCACAAUGGCUUUGCUUCUAAUCACCUCUCCUCCAUAGCGCAUAGAAAGUUACAAAUAUUUCCUGUAUUUGUCACUUCCUUUUUCCACAAACAAGGUGAUAAUAAUGCUUUGGCUCAUGAAACAGACAAAUGUUCCCACUCAAAACAGGAAUUUAGGGCAGAGAAAAGGAUAAGAGCAGAUGAACAGAAUAACACAUUCUUUUUCCACCUUAGCCUUGUGUCCUGCAAGUCAGGAAGCUGAAUGACCCUGUUGAUGGAAAGAGGAAGAGAAAGUGAGAUCUGAGAAGAGUGAUCUCUGUGACGGAGAGCAAGCUGAUAAACAGGACAGCAAUAAAACACUGAGAAUGACAA